UAUAUCUUCAGAUGGCGCUGGUUCGGACGAUUCACGACGGGACGAACUAGAUAUGUCCAUCUACCGGUAUCUGCAUGCUCGGCUGCUUUGCAUUGGCUCUUGUGGCAUCCCAUCUUUGGAUAUGCGCAUGUAUUGACAUCAUGGUUGAGUGUUGCCCGCGGGUCGAAUUAUACGGCACCGCUCUCUUCCAGGGGUCACCGAUGGCCGAGCUGUCAACGAGCAUCAUCGGCCGGAUCGGGCUUACCCCACAGACGCCAUGCGGAUCUGUCAUUCUUAGCUUUGGACCUGUCUAUGCAACGUGUGAAGCUCGUUUAGGGCAACUCAGCACGUGGCGUACGUACUGCGACUCAAGAAGGUGUGGUUGUUCGGUUCCACCAAUUCAAUAAGCUUGCUUUGGAUAUACCUAUCUGUGCAGUCACUGGUAUUGGACAGUUGCGAUAAUCUCCCUAGAACCGCAUGUACGGUAUUGAAUCUAGCUCUAAUUGUGA